CGAGGGUUACAUGUGUUGUAGCGGACUCCGUAGCUACGUAGCGGGUGAUUCGAACAGCUACGAGCAGUGCAUUCCAACACUAACUAAUUUAGUGCAAAUAAUAAACAAAUUUCGUGAAAAACGUGUUAUUAUGGUGUUUUUCAGUUAUUGAAGGAUUAGCAAUCGUUUUUUCUUUCAUAAUUGUUAUAUGUGAAACAAAGGGAAGGUAUGUGGGGCGGGGGUGCGCAGUGCGUGCAUGCCUCACUGCCGCGGGGAGCGCGCGCACAACCCGCGCCCACGCUCAGCGGCGCCAUCGCCAGCCGCCGCCCGCCCAGGCCUACACCUCCUUCUCCAACACUGAUUGCCCAAGUUGACUCUUCGGUGGCCUGUCUCUGGCUACUCACGCCUUUGUCAGCUGGUACAGCAGUCGUAGCAGUUCUAGUUGCUGUCUCAACAAACAACUGGCUUCACACACAAGAGAAUAUGCUGAACCCAGCUUACAAUGGCACGGGAAAGUACAGCUUGGUUGCAAAACACACAGUCUCUGGUUUAUGGAGGAUUUGUCACACAGACCUUGGCAGUUUGGUGUAUCAAUGUUUGGAUAUACCCUACUUCCCCCUCUCACAGUAUAGCCCUGAUUUGAGCGACUCCACAAAUGCAAUACCAUACGUGGUAACCAGAUCAGCGGCGCCGUUACUGUUGGCUGUCUUUACACAAGCUGUUGGUGCACUUUGUUGCGUGCUCGGACACUGUGUCAAAGGAAGACGACUAUGUACUUUCAUUGCUGGUGUACUGUUUAUUAUUUCCGGUCUCAUUAUGCUGACUGGAAUUGUGAUGUACAUAUCGGUAUUUAAGUCACAAGUAGGCCAUAAACUGCGCUAUAUGACCUACUUCGAUGCCCCACGAAUGUCUUAUAGUUAUGGAUAUUCCUUUGGUCUAUAUAUCAGCGGAUUUGUGGCCGUUGAGUUAGCAGGUACAUCUGCCAUAUAUCUCUUCCUACAAUGGUAUCAAAAAGACUGGAUAACAGAAUUAUCAGAGAAAGCCAAAGCUGAUAGCCGAGUCUGGGAUAGAGAAUAUGCUUUCUCAGACUUUAGAGAACGAGAUUCGACAUUAUUAGAAAGACGGAUGAUGAAGAGAGACACGUAUCCACCUACAGGUUCAUCUGCAGCUACACCACAUGAACGAAGACGUUUUGUAUACGACGGGGACGAUAUGCCGCAUUGUUCUAUACAUAAAAAUAGAAGAAUAAAUUUAAGCUCUGCAUCUUUAAAAGAUUUAUCGUCAUCUACGCUAUAUGGUUUCCCAGCAGCACCAAGACCAACAGCUUGCGAUAAUUACUUCGAGGAGUUUAAAGAAGUUCCUCAGAGUGCGAACACUUUAAGUGGACUGAGAAGCGCGUCAAUAUUUCAAUCACAAGCGUCAGUUGCCAGUGGUAGAUUCUUGGAUUCAACGGCUGUAGAACCACCGCCUUCUAGGGAGGAGGAGCUGGUGACAUUUGGAGCAGGAGCGCGAAGCGCAAUUGCUAACGAAGACCAGCCUCCUCGACAUGACCGCGCUGUUGGUACUGACCCGUACCGCAGGACCACUCCCGUCUGAUUUAAAACAUCGGGUACCUCGCCCCCAGUUUAAAGCAUAUCGAGAAGUGAUAAGUGACGAUACUGUUUCACGUACUAUUUAUACCUAGGCGUAUAACGGUUGUAUGUAGGUAGGUACGGGUAACGAUUAAGAAGUGUCUUUCGAAUUUAUGAACGUGCAUACGUUACUUGUAUUAUGGAAUUUUUAAUUGUUACAUUUCCUUGAAUA